GGAAGGAAGGAAGGAAGGAAGGAAGGAAGGCCACACCAGUCUCCUCCUCAGAAAGAGGACUGGUGUGGCCUUCAGCCCCUUGAGAGUUUUGUCGUUUGUCAUCACAGAGAAAAGCACACAUUGCUGGUAAACCACAACACUCAGGGAUCAAAUGUGAGACCAUCUGCUAAGAUCUGCCAUCUGGUCUAAAUCGGGUCGUGCAGCAAGGACAAAGAGGAACAACAGAGGAUUCACAGAAAUGUGAAAUAGGGUUUUUGGGGUUGCUGUGGCGGAGCGGCUGCAUCUUAAGGUGUGUCUCCUUAAAGCUCUUAUGGCCACUUUAAAGGCAGUGGUCUCCAACCUUUUUUUCAGGCCACGAACAUUUUUAAUGUAAGACAAUACAUUCACGGGCCGGUCUGAACGGGUCAAAGUGUAAUAUUUUUAAGCUUCCAGUUUCUGGAAAAACGAUUUUUAUUCUCCAGUAAUAUUCGCAAUAAUAUGUGCUACUACAAUACAUUUAGCUAAAAAAAAAUCUGUAAACAUUAGGAGAUCUUUUUCACAGUUGACAAAGAUUCAAUGAUACAAAGUUGAUCAUUUGUAGAAUUUCUUUGUGAUUUGUAUAAAAUUCAACAACAGCAACAUUAUAAACACAGAUCCAAUCCUCAGAUCAUCUUUCAGGGCAAAAUAUUUAUCCUCGUUUGUUUUUACAUAAAUCCUGAUUAACUGUGUAUCUUUUUUAACACAGAGGAGCAUCUUCUGUGCUGAAGUUUCUCAACAGAUGCCUGACUAAUUCUCCUGUUGCUGUAGGAAAAUUCAUAAAAGUUACGAAAUCAGAGGCAACUUCCAAAAAUCAUUACCCUUAUGUGAUUGAAUCUUCAUUCUCUGACAAAUGUUUGCGGUUGGUUUAAACGUAAGUUGUCUGAAUUCCUUCCCUACAGUGCGUUUGCCUUUUUGCAGAGCUGUCCAAAUCUACAAUUCCAAAAUCGAGUGUCCUAGAAAUUUCCCAGAAGUCUGUGCAAAAAACCAGUGUGCAUCGAUGCACAAGGUAAAACAGAUUUCCUAUUCUGUAAAAGACUUUUGUAGAUCCACAUUUCAUUGGAAAAAAAUUUGCAAGUUAUAAAGAACUCGCAAAGAAUUAUGAAUAAGUUAAAGUUUGCAUAUGGAAAUAGUUUCAAUCAGGCAUAAAAGUCCCUUUAACAGGUUCAGGUGUCAGGUUCAGGUGUCAGAACUCAUCAGAAUCUCUUCUGCUUCCAGAACUGUAAGUAUGAAUAUACAGAAUUUACUAAAUAUUUUUAGCUUUUAUUACAAGAAUUAACAGGAGAGGGAAAUGAUAGAAGAUUAAGGGAAAAAAAUUGUCAUUGUUUUUUUAAUUUUUUUCCACAUUUUCAGAAACAUUCAUGCAGGACUGAUGCAGGUUUUUUCCUUUUCUUUCUUUCUCUUUAAACGUUUAUCCUUAUUGUAGCACUAGGACACAUUAAAACACAUUUUUGGACUGCAGUGAGUUUCUUCUUCCUCUACUUAUAGUGUCAGACUAAGAGAACAUCCAUGCCUAUUUAAUUAUCUGCAGUGAAAUCUGGAAAAUGCAUCGGUACACGACGCUGAUGACUCUCCUCUCAUUUGGCUGCAUCUCCGGCUCACAGUUCCCCCUGCGUCAGUACCACUAUGUUAACAAGCCUCUGAACUGGAGUGAAGCCCAACUGUACUGCAGGGAGAAUUACACUGACCUGGCUACAUUUGACAGCCUGGAUGACUUGAACAGACUGAAAGCCGACUUUUCCUUCUCCUGGGCGUGGAUUGGUCUACAUGAUGAUCCAGCAGCUUGGAAAACAUCGAUGGGAAAUAAGAGCAACUCCUGGAGAUGGUCAGCAACAGGACAAACCAGCACAACUGGAUACCAGUCGUGGGACAGUUUCUCUCCAGAUUACUAUCAGGCAAAGGAUACAUGCGUAACAAUGAUUGGAGGGGGACUGUGGAACGAUGAUAUCUGUAAUACCGCCUACAGUUUUCUUUGCUUUAAUGUUACAGAUCAAAACAAGAAAAACUACGUUUUCAUCAAUCAGGCGAUGUCGUGGAGUUCUGCUCAGCAGUACUGCAGAGAAAACUACAAGGACUUGGCGAUGAUCGAGAACCAGGAAGAAAACACGGAGGCUCAGAACACUAAACUGUCCAACUAUAGGGUCUGGAUUGGUCUGUAUCGAGAGCCCUGGACCUGGUCUGAUGGAAGCAAGAGCUCCUUCAGAAACUGGUUACCAAACACUGGCUUAAACAACAUCAAUGAAAACCAACACUGUAUUACUGAGAAUCCCCAGCAUCAAUGGGCUGAUGAGUCCUGUAACAUCCCAUGGGUCUUUGUCUGCCAUCAAGAUUCCAAGAAGAAGACCACUUUGAGGAUGAAAUUCAUCUCUGAUGCUGACCUGACCGACCCAAAAGUCAACGCCCAGAUCCUGCAGCAGCUUCAUAUGAUGCUGAGCAGUGGUGGAAUGACAGACGCCAAACUGAAGUGGACGAUUCAACCCAGUAAUAAAACGACGGUCUGAUUCACGCAUUUAAUCAUUUGUAUCAUUUUCAUUAAGAAUCUCAUUUAUGAAUCAACGCUGUGAUAUUUUCCUUUGCUUGAUUUGGGCUACACUUGCGACCAAAUAUUUGGGGGCUCCUCCGGGAAAGGUUUCUUUUUUUAAAUGACCCAAAAUAAUUUUUUUUUCUGUACAUACAUUAAAACAAAACAAAACGUUUGUCAGUCACUUUUUCUGAUACCUGUCCCAUUUGGUCUUUAAAGUUCACUAAAAAAAACACUAAAACUGUGUGAGACAGAAUUAAAAAAAAGAAUCAGCACAUGUCUGGGUUUUAGAGAAUUUAUUUGUGCAAUGAUGCAAAAAAAAGUCUUUAGCUACGAUCAAAAAAGUACAAAUUUUGUCGAUGGUGCACUUGGUACAUCCCUUUUAAGAAGCUCUGUAGCAUAACGAGUUUUCAUCCACCAUUGAGUUAGCAUCUGCUCGCUUUUGUUCUUCUGCUGUCGUGUUUUGCUGGCUGGCUGCUAACGGAAAGGGAAUACAGUACAUACAGUACACUUAAUACCGGAAGAGAUGCAAAAAGCUUACCUUGCUAAACAUUGUUGCAAUUUUGAUUGUAGUGAUACAAUUAAAAAAAUGCUUUUGUGACUGUUUCAAGUAUUUAUAAUUUCUACAUAAAGAAAACUGUGUCUCCACUUUUGUUGUCGUGUUCCUCGAUUUGGUCAUUUGUAGCUGGAUUUGCUGUUGUCUUUCAGUAUUAGUUAAUUUGUACUGGGAUUUGUUGUUGUUGUAUUUACAUGUAAAUGUGUCUUGCACCUCUCGGCCAACGUACUUGUAGCUCGCCCAGCAUGUUUUCUCAAAUAAUCACAAAUAAACUCUUUUUCAAUCUGCA